UGAUCACACUCACUUGCGUAAGACACACAGGCAGAGGUGCGUCAGCCCAGAGGUGCUCCAGCAUACUCAUGAGCAACCAGUUCUGCAGCUAGAAUAUUACAACGAAAACAGAGCGAGAGAGGUGGACAGAUGGAGCCUGGAGCUACUGUGUGUGCCGUGAGGAGCCAGAGAGUCUUGUGCGGAGAUGAGAUUCGGCCCGCCCUCAUCCUCAUCAAAGACGGGAAGAUUGAAAACAUCCUCCCUGGUCUAGACGUGGGCCCGAGUGCUUCUGCUGAGGUGCUGGAUGUGGGGAACAGGCUGGUGAUGCCAGGGAUCGUGGACUGCCAUGUGCACGUGAAUGAACCGGGCCGCACGACCUGGGAGGGCUACUGGACAGCCACUCGGGCCGCUGCAGCUGGGGGCGUCACCACCAUUGUGGACAUGCCCCUCAACAGCAUCCCGCCAACCACGACUGUUGGCAACUUUCGUGAGAAGAUCCAGGCAGCAACAGGCCAGUGCUUUGUGGACACUGCCUUCUGGGGAGGGGUCAUUCCUGGCAACCAACUGGAGCUGCGGCCCAUGAUCCAAGCCGGGGUGGCAGGGUUUAAGUGCUUCCUGAUCCACAGUGGUGUGGAUGAGUUCCCUCACGUCAGCGACAGUGACCUGCACACAGCCAUGCAGCAGCUCCGGGACACAGGCAGCGUCCUGCUGUUUCAUGCUGAGAGGGAGAUUCAGCAGCCUCUGGGAGAGACAGGAGACCCAUGUGAAUACUCCACCUUCCUCAACUCCAGACCUGACAUCAUGGAGAUGGAGGCUAUACGCACAGUCACCCAGCUCUGCUUGCAGUACCAGGUGCGAUGCCACAUAGUGCACCUCUCGUCUGCCCAGCCGCUGGAGCUAAUCCGGGCAGCGCGGCAGGCCGGGGCGCCCCUGACGGUGGAGACCACCCACCACUACCUCAGCCUGUCGGCUGAACACAUCCCCUCAGGGGCCACACAGUUUAAAUGCUGCCCACCCAUCAGGGGCAUGGCCAACCAGGAGCAGCUGUGGGCCGCACUCAAAGCUGGAGACAUUGACAUGGUAGUAUCCGACCACUCCCCCUGCACACCUGACCUGAAACAAUUGGACAGUGGAGACUUCACUGAGGCCUGGGGAGGGAUCUCGUCGCUGCAGUUUGGGCUGCCUCUGUUCUGGACAUCUGCAUGCAAGAGGGGAUUUUCACUUGCUGACACAGUGAGACUCCUCUGCCAGAGAACAGCCCAGCUCUGUCGCCUAGACAACCAGAAGGGGAGCUUGCGUCUUGGUCAUGACGCAGACCUAGUCAUCUGGGACCCUGAGAAAGAGUUUGAGGUGACAGAGGGGAGCAUCCAUCACAAAAAUAAGCUGACUCCCUACCUUGGCAAAACUCUGAAAGGGGAGGUGUACACCACCAUAGUUCGGGGCAGAGUGGUGUAUAAGCAGGGCUCCUUCUCUCAGCAGCCCCUGGGGAGGCACCUCCUCCUCAGCCACGGCCGCACUCAGGCCUCCCUGUGAAGAACCAGGACAAAAUCAGCAGCACCAUAUACAACAACUCAUAAAUCAGUCAAAUCUGCACAAAUGCAAGCCUCACCCCAGUGUAUGCAGCCUUCAGUGUAUGCAGAUCUCACACAACAUCAAUCAUUUAUGAAUGUGGGGGGUCCUGUUUUGUUGUUGUUACUGACAAAGGUGCUAUAUUUCAUUUUGUUCAUUAGGCCAUAAUAGGUCCUUAAUUAACCUACAUAUUUCUUUAUGGUCAGUUUUUCUUUUUCUUGUUUUAAAGCUACCAUUUACAACCAUAAUGUUGACAAUGGUAACAGAUGGUUAUCAUUGUUUUGUAAUAAAUUCCGGAAAGUUAAAAUGUAUUGUAAUUAAACCAGUCCCUUAAAUGAAUGGGCCCUUGA